AUGUAAUCCAGGGAUACUUAAUAUUGUUAUUAUAGUAAUUUCAACUUAUUUGAAAACACCUCUUAAUUAAUAAAAAAGGAGAAGUUUAUAAAGGCACUUCUAUAAACAUUGGGAGAAGAAUGGAGAAUUUAUGCAGGAUAUUCAAUAUCAAUUGAAUUAGAUGGCUCUAUCAAUUAUUUAGCUUGGUAAUUUUGUUUUGAAAAUCUAUUAUUUACAUGGCUAGAAAAUGAAGAUUGUUAACAUGAAGAAUUUUAUGAGAAAGCUGUUCUAAGAAUAUAACCAUACAAAAUAGGUAUCAUAUAUAAGUAUUUAAAUUAGAAAAUGUCUACUUUAGACCAGUUUUUGAUGGAUUCUUCUACUCAGCCUAAUAAUUAUGGUCUAAAAUGAAAUUAAGCAGACCUCCUUCUCAAGAAUCUUUCAAAUAAGUUGAAUAAAUUAAAUAAGAAGAACUUAGACCUAUUGCUAAUAUCUUAAAACCUCUAGUACUUGUUAGUGAAAAGAUCAUAAAUUAUUUUAAGAAGGAAGAGCAAAUAUAAACUCAAGAAUAGAUUUAAUAUAAUUAACCCUCUUGGAAAUAAAUCUCGAAACUUACUGAAGAAUCUCUUCCAAUNAAUAUAAGUAGUUAAAGCACAUAAUAACAUUGUUUAGGAAUGAGUAAGAUGAAUAUUUAAUGGUAAUUACUAUUUCUUUUAUGGCAAAUCUGA